AUGAGUUCUUCAGAAAGCAGACUGGCUAAUUACAGCAAAGAAUGUUUCAACCGCAAAUUGGAGUAUGACUUCAGCAAAUACGCCAAAAUUGGCAAAUGUGUUGUUAUACAGCACAGUCGAAGCAUCCAGGAACGGAGGGAACCAGAAUUAUUGAGAAAUGUAGAACAGAAGUUGGCAAAUUUCUUUCAAACUCGACAAUCGGUUUCGGCAGUCGGUGAUGGGCCGAAAGAUUCGAUCAAGAGGUCGGAGUCAGUGUCGAACAAACGUUCAUCCGAGUCCAAAACUAAGGAACAAACUUUUGAGGAAGAAGGUAAUAGAAAUGUCGUGGGCGUUCUGAACAUGUUCGCAGAUCUGGGAUUCGAAGUAGCUCUUUACAAAAACUUGACUGAGCAUGAAACAUUGUUAGCAGUUAAUGAAGUUGCUGAAGCUAAUUACACGAAUUACGCUUGUUUCGUGUUGAUGGUCGUGGGGGGCUGUGAGCAGUGCGGCUUCACCAGGGACUCCUUCCAACUUCACAGAGAUGUCAUCAACAAGUUUAAUAAGGAUUCUUGCCAGAGUCUGGAUGGAAAACCAAAAUUAUUUUUCGUUCAAAUAGUAAAUUAUCUGAGCGGUUGCCAACAUUUGUUAUAUUCAAUAUCGAUAGUCCCCAUACGUCUGGCCAAGAAUAAGAGUAAAACGCUGUUCCUGAAGUUCAGUCAGUCUCAAGGUGGCGUUACCAAACCACAUUCCGUCAGUGACCAGGUCGGGAAGUGCGAGGCCAUAGGGUCGCUCAAACUAAAAAGCGCUGAAAAGAAAUCUUUAAUAUACCUUGGAAACAUUACUCCAUGUUCAAAGGACACAGUUGCUGAACAUUUACGUAAUUUUGAUAUCGAAUUCCACAAUAUAUUUCCCGCUAAACGACUUCAGAAAAACAAUGCUGAAAAAGCCAACGAUAACAACGAAGAGUGCAGUUCUUUCAGAAACUGUAUUCCUGAAAUUGAAAAGGAUAAAACUUUUAAUGCUGAAAUACAGCCUUUAGACGUCAAUGUUCGUGAGUGGUUAUUUUACACGAAUCAAGCGCCUAAAACUCCAUCCGCUGUUAAUGGCUGA